UUCAAAUAUUAAUAUAAAACCUCAAGCAAGCACAACAAAAUUAUACAUAAUACAUAGUGUGUGGAUUAUUUUUGUACUGCUAAUAUUUUGUCCUUUAGUGAAAAUUUAUAUUUUUAAAAUUUUAUCUUGUAGAGGAGAAAAAAAAGUUAAUGCGAGAGUUUGAUGAAAAACUAAAAGAGGCAAAUGAAACGUUAAGGGAAAUGGAAGAAGAACUGAAAUAUGCCCCAGUGUCCUUCCGCAAUCAAAUGAUGAUUAAAAUUAGAACUUACAAAGGAGACCUUAGCACAUUUCAUAGGAAAAUGAAAAGUACGGACUUGGGAGUAGCUCCAAGUGCACGUGGGAAUUCAAAGUUUGGUAUCUUUUCUACGGAAAAUGAGCAGAGAACUCAGGUGCAGUCUCAGAGGGUGUUACUGCUUCAGGGAACAGAAAGCUUGAAUCGAGCCACUCAGAGCUUGGAUCGGACACACCAAAUUGCCGCAGAAACUGAUCAAAUUGGUAGUGAUAUCAUUGAAGAACUAGGUGGGCAGCGUGAGCAGCUGGAACGCACCAAAGGCAGAUUAGUAAACACGAAUGAAAAUUUAAGCAGAAGUCGGAAGAUCCUACGUUCCAUGUCAAGAAGGCUUAUGACAAAUAAAUUGUUGCUUUCUGUCAUCAUCAUCCUGGAGGUAAUCAUCCUGGGAGGUCUUGUCUACUACAAGUUCUUCACCUAAGCCUUGAAGAGAUGCAGCUUUUCUCCUUUGCCGUUUUCAAUCCACUAUAUGGACAUUCCUUGGCAAUAGCUGUUUGACACAGAUAUGAAAAGAUAGAUUGUAUUUUACUACAUUUAAAAUAUAGUGCUGGCUUGUUGUCAGUCUUGACAUGUCCUUCUGAGAACAGUGCAGUGCUACUGGGAGGAAAUGUGGCUGGAGAAAAGACAGACCGUGAACUACAUCUGCAAUAUAAUACGACAGUCAUUUAUACUGAAGAUAUUGAUUAAUUUGUGGCACAGUUUGAACUGUCCCGACUGAAAAAAAAAGAUCUCCAAAGCUGAGUGAAGAAUUCAGAAUGUAGUACACUUGAUUUUUGUUUUGUCCACUUGUUUAGUUGAUCAGCAGAACUAUACAUAAUGCCCUUUAAGUGGCAUCUAUGCCACUUGG